AUGCCCCUUCCUCCCAUGUCCUUCCCUGUCCUGCUGCCCAAGACCCUGGAGAGCCGCCUCCCGGAUGGCGAGGAGACCCUGGACAUCUCAGAGCUGUACGGGGCGGAUCCUGACCAGUCGGACGGCAGCCCCUGGGAUGGGGAUGCCCCAGCAGGUGAGCGGCGGCGCCCCUUCCUGGCGGUGUAUGAGCUCAAGCCCCUCCGCUCCCAAGACCCCCUGUUCCUCCAGGGGGUGCCCGUCACGGCUCGGGUGGAGGCCACGGAGAGGUACACCAGCGGCUCCAAGGUGCGCCCAAACACGCUGUACUCCUUGCGGGUGACCCAUGGGGAGUUCACCUGGACCAUGAAGAAGAAGUUCAAACAUUUCCAGGAGCUGCACCGGGACCUCGUUCGGCACCGGAUCCUCAUGAACUUCCUCCCUCUGUCCCGGUUUGCUCUGCAAGGUUCCCGACAGGGGAUCGCCAACCUGGACUUGCCCUCUUUGCCCCACGGGAGGGAAGUGACCCGGCGUGCCUCCAGCAAACAGAAACAGCUGGAGGUUUACCUCAACACCUUGCUGGAGACCAACCUGUAUCGCGACUACCAUGCAAUGACAGAGUUUCUGGAUGUGAGUCGGCUUUCCUUCAUUCCGGAUCUGGGACCCAAAGGGCUGGAGGGCAUGAUCCUCAAACGCUCCGGGGGGCACCACGUCCAGGGCCUCAACUGUGCUGGGCGCCACCGGGUUUGCUACCGCUGGUCAAAGAGGUGGCUGGUGGUGAAAGACUCCUUCCUGCUCUAUAUGAAGCCCGAGUCGGGGGUCAUCUCCUUCGUGCUCCUCUUCGACACGGGGUUCAGCGUCCAGGUGGGCAAGAAGCCCACGGAGACCAAGUACGGCGUCCGCGUGGACAACACCUGCAGGUCCCUCAUCCUGAAGUGCAGCAGCUACCGGCAGGCUCUCUGGUGGGGCCAAGAGAUCUCCGAGUUAGCCGAGAAUCGGGGCAAGGACUUCCUUCGGCUGCAUCGCUACGAGGCCUUCGCUCCUGUGCGGAAGGAGACCCCUGCCCGCUGGUUCGUCAACGGGGCCGGAUAUUUUGCUGCCGUGGCCGACGCCCUGAUGCAAGCCAAGGAGGAGAUCUUCAUCACGGACUGGUGGCUCAGCCCCGAGGUUUACAUGAAGCGCCCGGCCCAGUCGGAUGAAUGGAGGCUGGACCUCAUCCUGAAGCACAAAGCGGAGGAGGGGGUCCGCAUCUGCGUCCUGCUCUUCAAGGAGGUCGAGCUGGCCCUCGGCAUCAACAGCGACUACAGCAAGCGGGCCCUCAUGCUGCUGCACCCCAACAUCAAGGUCAUGCGCCAUCCUGACCACGUCUCCUCUAUCGUCUUCCUCUGGGCCCACCACGAGAAGCUGGUGGUGGUGGACCAGUCGGUGGCCUUCCUGGGAGGGCUGGACCUGGCCUAUGGGCGCUGGGACACCCACGCGUACCGCCUCACGGACCUGGACGGGGACGACUCCCCGGCCUCCAAGGGAGGGGCUGCCCCUUCGGGGGUGGACGAGGCCCCCGUCGACUUGGCCACAAACCAGCGCCUCUGGCUGGGCAAGGACUACAGCAACCUCAUUGCCAAGGACUGGGUGCAACUGGACAGGCCCUUUGAAGAUUUCCUCGACCGGCGCGAAACCCCUCGGAUGCCCUGGCGGGACGUGGGGGUGGCCGUUCACGGCGCUGCCGCGCGGGACGUGGCCAGACAUUUCAUCCAGCGAUGGAACUUCACUAAGACGAUGAAGCCUAAAUACAAGGGGCCCGAGUACCCCUACCUGCUCCCCAAAUCCCCCCGAGUGCCCCCCUCCCUCCCUUUCACGGUGCCUGGGGCACAGACCGCCAGCAUCCAGGUGCUGCGUUCGGUGGAUCGCUGGUCGGCUGGCCUCCACGAGUGCUCCAUCUACAAGGCCUACCUGAGUGUCAUCAAGGACAGCCAACACUACCUGUACAUCGAGAACCAGUUCUUCAUCAGCUGCGCCGACGGGCGCUCGGUGCUCAACACCGUGGGAGACGCCAUUGUGGACCGAGUGCUGCUUGCGCACAGUGAGAGGAAACCGUUCCGGGUUUACAUCCUGCUCCCCCUCCUGCCUGGCUUUGAGGGCGACAUCGCUCAGGGGGGCGGCAACUCCAUCCAAGCCAUUCUGCACUUUACCUACCGGACUCUGUGCCGAGGGGAGGCCUCCAUCGUCAGCCGCCUCAGAGCUGUCAUGGGGGAGGACUGGAAGAACUACAUCUCUUUCUGCGGGCUGCGGACACACGGCGAGCUGCGCGGCAGGCUCCUGACAGAGCUGGUCUACAUCCACAGCAAGCUGCUCAUUGCCGACGACCGCCGCGUCCUCAUCGGUUCGGCCAACAUUAACGACCGGAGCCUGCUGGGGAAGCGGGACAGCGAGGUGGCCGUGCUGGUGGAGGACACGGCGCUGGUGGCCUCCGUCAUGGACGGGAAGGAGUACCAGGCGGGGACGUUCGCCCUGAGCCUGCGCCUGGACUGCUUCCGGUGCAUUUUGGGGGCCGCCUCUGACUCCGACGCCCACAUCCAAGACCCCGUCUGCGACCACUUCUUCCACGAGGUCUGGCAAGCCCGAGCAUCCUCCAAUGCCCACCUCUACGAGCAGGUCUUCCGCUGCCUCCCCACCGACGCUGUGCCAUCCCACCGGGCCCUGCGGGAUUACGUCGCCGUGGAGAACCUGGCCUCGGCCAGCCCCAGCCUUGCUCGGGACCACCUGCUCCAGGUGCGGGGACACCUGGUCCAGUUCCCGCUGGACUUCUUGGCCGAGGAGUCCCUCCUGCCUCCGCUCAACAGCAAGGAAGGCAUGAUCCCCGUGGAGGUGUGGACUUGAUGCAACGCACCGGGGAGCCCCAAGGAGCCAGGGCGGAAGGCAGAGGCCGACUCCCGCCGACGGGGUCUGCCUUCCGAGUGACCCGCGCGGCUUCUGCACCUUCUUGGGCCCUGCUUCACAUAGACAGACACACACAUGCUCCCCACCGCUUAAGCUACCCCGUCUUCGCUGCCCACCUUUGCUGCUUGCCCCAUUUUCUACGAUGAAGCCACUCCUCAUUCAGCUGGCCCUGGCUAAAGGGAUCCAGCCGGUGGUGCAGCUUCCCUGGACUCCCAGAGGGACCCUAAUGAUCCCUCUCCAAGGGCCAAACCACUUCCUGUGCCCCCUCCUGCAUCUCUCCAGGGUGGGGCAAGUCUUCCGGCGUUCACACCACCAGCACUACACCUGCCUCAGCCUGCGACUCUCGUCUUCCAAACAUUCCAGGUGGUUGGGGGUCGGUCAGCAGGGGUGGAAGGAGCCACCCCACCCCCUUGUUGACUGUGACUGUUUACACCUGCCAGCUCCCCACCCCAGUUCCCUCUCCCCGCUGCCCGUUACGGCCCUCGGCUUGUCCUGGGCUUCCGCUUGAUAACAGAAUGCGUGCCCUGCAGUGUUCCACACGAGCGGGCAACCGCUGCCACCCAAAGAAUCAAGGGAGCUCUCCCUUUCCAAAGGGGCUCGAAGAGAGACCACUCAGCCAAGCGCCAGACAGGUCACAGAGUGCGGCAGAGAACAACAUGGUGCCGCCUGGAACCACGGCGAGCAACCCUCUCCCGGGCAAAGGCGGCAGUUGGCCCGCGGUACCUUCUUGGGUGAAUGAGUUGGGCCUCUGCCCUUCACCUGCCCUGAUGGUGCUGAACCAGAGACCGGUGCUCAGAGGACCCCCCCCUCCUCCUCCUUCUCCUCCUCCGGCAGGGGCUCCUUGGGACAGCUGCUCUAUUCUGCAUGGCUUGGCUCCCACCGUUGUGCCACGUCUCAUGUUCAGAGGUAAGGCUGGCAUUCCCAGACCGGGCCUUGCCUCUCCUGGCUGCAGGAAACUGGGGAGGGAGGGUGGACUGUGGCCCACCUCCUCCUCCUCAUGUCCAAGCACAAUGUAUAAAGGGGGGGGGGAGCAGGACCUGCUUGUCAACUUGUUAAAUAAACAGUCUUCCUCUUCCUCCAUG